GUAUCUGAAUGGCGAUGCCAAGAGAUUUUCAAAAAAUUAAAAAGUAGGGUGGGUGUACAGUACGAAGGCUUUUCCCUCCCUCCAAUCCACUGUUUGCACUCACUCUCACCUCUCGUUUCUGAUCUGAUUCAAGUCUUCGAAACCCUAACUCAGUGACAUAAGUACGCUCCAUUGGUUAUUUGGUGGAAAGCACAUUAUUUUCAUCAGUUCACCAUUUCAAAUUUCGCUCUUGAAUGCAGAGUUAGGGUUUUCUUUUUUCAUGUACCGCUACUAUUCAGUAUCUUUUUUAUUUUAUUUUUUAAAUCUUUGAUUGAAGGGCUUAGCGAUUUUUGUGGAUUUCUUCGAAAUGGAGGCGAUUUAUGCAAAGCUCUAUAACAAGUACACUAAGCUCAAGAAAGAAAAAGAUUCCGAGAUGGAGAAGCUGAAUCGUGAACAAGAAGAGAAGUUUUUGAAUUAUGUAGCCGCCGCGGAGGAAAUGAUAGAGUACUUGAGAAGUGAAAAAGACAAACUUUCUAAGCAAGUCAAUGAGUUGAAAAGUGAAUUGGCUUCAAUAAGAUCCACCAAAGAUGAACAACUAAUUCACAUUCAAAAUCUUUUGAUGGAAGAGAACCUUAAGAAUAAAGAACUAUCAGAGGAAAUUGAGAGAUUACAAAGCCUUGAACAACAGAGACAAGUUAAUAACUUAUCUCAAGAUUAUGAAGGUGAAAAUGGACAAGCAAAUGAUCCUGGGGGCGUUUCACCUCAUGCAUUUAAGUCCCCAACUAUAAAGAAGACUAGGAAGCGUAGUAGGCAAUCCCUCCUUGUCAAUGAAAAUCCAGUUGAUGCAUCUGAUGCAGAGGAAAACUUGGAUGACCUCAUGAAGGAACCUACAAAUGGGUUAUGUAAGAUGAUUGAGGCUCCAUGCUGUAGAAGAAUCAUGGAUGCUUCAGGUAAUGAGGUAACUGAUGCUGAACAUCUAACCUGCAUGUUUCAAGACCUGGCUGGGUGCAUAGUUGGAAUGAAACUAUCACCAUUUAUGGAAAAUGAGGAAUAUCUUAUCUCCGCUCUUCACGAGUCAAGUGGUUAUUCUUUUACUUUAACAUGGAUAAACAACUCAAGUGGAAAACCAGAAUUGUUGUACCGAGUUUCGUCAUUGGGAACUUUUGAGAGAAUAGCACCAGAAUGGAUGAGAGAUGUCUUAAUGUUCAGCUCAAGUAUGUGCCCAAUCUUCUUUGAAAGGCUGUCUCGUGUUAUUAAAGCUUAAUUGCUGACAAAACUCCCACCCACCCUACCCCAUCUCACCAUUAGAUGACUUCUUCCUUAGAUAUGUAUCAUGUCUCUUGUACUGUAUGUAAAUACUUUUGAUAGUCUUGACAGCCAACAUGUAUGUUUGCAAAUUAGAUACUUUGUACGGGUGAUAUCUUAGUUACUACCAGACCAUAGAUUCUGACGUUUGCUAGGUCAAUGUAAAAUCAAUUAUGAUAACUCUCAUGUGCAUAUUGAGCCUAAUAUUGAUAUUAGAGGACCUGGCUGGCUUUGCAAUC